UAUUAACAACAUGGCUGCAGAAGUCGUCAGCAAAAUGAGCACCGCCAUGAAAGAGGCUAUCCGGCGGGUUGCCUCAGUUAAGAAGGGGAAGGGAAAGGAUGAAGCAGUGGCGAGUAAGAAAGCCUCUUUUGGAGAAGAGGUCCAGAUUAAGGCCGGCAGAGCUAACAAAACCGGGGCCUGGGAGACACCGAGUAGCCUGUCCGGUCGAACAGAUCUGAACAGUCUGCCUGAGGAAGGGGUUCAAUCGAGGGUGAUGACUGAUUCAAUGCUGGUUGAUGGCGAUUGCACAUCCAGUGACGCUGAAACUGGAUCACUGGAUCCAGUGAAGCAGUGAAACUGCUUCAAGCAGCGAUGUGGUUAAACGCUCUGGAUUUGCUGUGUUUAAAAAUAUCAAAAAGAAGGUGAACAGGUUCUUUAAAAUGUCCAACAAAACCUCACCAGGUAUGGACACCAAACAAACCCUGUCACCUUCAUCGACCAAAAUUCUUGCACACAAAUCAGACUCUUUGCUGUGCAUUAAAAAUUAUUCCCGACUAGAUGAAUCCUCCACAAAUAACAUAAACAGUGGGAUGCUCCAUUUUUAUUCUGAUGUCUCCUGCACACCUCCUGAAAUCUGGAAAUCUGUACGAUCCAAUCAGGGAAUGCAUGGUGCCAAUAAAGAGAGCUCAGCCCAGAGCUCUUUGUUCUCUGAAAGCACCUCAACGACAAUAAAGGAGGCAGAUUUGCUCGAGGACCCUGUUGUAGACGUGCAAUCGGAUGUUCUUGUUGAGUCAACUGCUUCCAGCAUUGUGGAAGAGACUCAGGCAAAACCUGGUAAGACGCCUACAACACGUAAGUUGUGUUCUGCAGCCAGAAGAUUCUACAGAGGUGUGCAGAAAAGGGUAUGUGGAUUUGUUUCGGGGCUCCGAAGAUCCGAUUCACCAAGGAAAGAGACAUCUAAACCAUCGCACGGUCAUUGUAGCCAGUCAGAUUCUAUUCUUGACACAGCAUGGGUAAGAAACGUUGAGCAGGAGGAUUCUCUUCCAGCACUUUCACCACUGCUCAUGAUAUUUGUGGAGAAAGCAAUCAGGCGGCUACUCAUUGACGUUCUUGGUCCCCACCCACUUGGCCAAUCAGAUUUACUGACCGUCGCUGAAUUUGGCUCAAGCUCUGCUGUACCAGCGCACACAAGAAAGUCCACUGGCAUUCACGAUAAGUUUACAUAUGCAGUGGGCGGUUUAACUCAGAUGCUUGGAAGAUUAGUGAUGGAGUCUUUUAAGACAAGCUCUGGGAAAGUGAACCUUCCUGUGGCAUCACGGGUAAAGCCUGUAAUAAAGCAAGUGAACCAAACUGUUAUUUCACACGUCCGUACUACGAGCACCAAGUCUGGCAAAUCACCAACACCAGCUUGCAGUGCUCUGGUCAGUGAGCCAAUGGGUGAAAUCGAUUGUGGUUUGGAGAAUCGGUCACAUUUCAGCCCCAUCCAGGUAAGUGACAACUGUUCCCCAGAUGAGGUUCCUGCAACUAAGGAGAAGAGAGGAUCUGGGCUUCCUGUUACCAAUGCAAGUGAAGCCCAUAUGUUCAUCUUAAUCCUAAAGAAAUCAAACAAAGUGCAUCCUGUCGGCCUGGAGUCUGUCAGCCAUCAGAGGUCCUCAGUUGGAGAUCUGCAGGAGGCUUCAUGUGGAACACCAGAGGUAUCGGCAUCAUCCGCCAAGAAGCUUCGCGGACGUCUGCGCGGGAUGUUCUCCGCCUUUUCCAAGAACUUCCCCAACCCCUUUAAACACUGUCCAACCCCCGCAGAGUGAAACUUACUCCAUCAAUAAAAUCUUCUGCAGCAUAA